AUGCCUAUAGUACAAAAUGUCGAAUGGGAUGGAGAUGUUCCACUCACCCAGAAAAUAAGGGAAUGUGUACAAAUAGAGGUCCACCAAGAAGAUAAAAUGCCUCCAUUAAUUUGUGAGCUGUGCGUCGACAAAGUUAAUGAUUUCUACGAAUUCUCAGAGAUGUGUAAGCAGACGAACAUGAAGACAAGACUACGUCUUGGUUUACCUCCACAGACAAUGCCUAGAGGAGCGCCGAAUGCAGGUGAUUGCAUCUUAGGUGUGACGGAAACAAUAUUUGCUAAUGACGACUCAAAUGAACCAAUAAUUAAACAUGUGGGAAAGCAGAGUAAAUCAAAGAAAGAGACAUCUGACAAAGUUAAGAUGAAAUCAUCAGAGAACAGUCGAAAUAGUAAAUCUAGAUUGAGUCCAGAUACCAAUAGACGUGCCACCAGAAGGUCUAUCUCCAGCCCUACAAAUAUCCUCACAUCGAGGAACAGGAACUCCAAGGAUCAGAAGAAUGUCCAGGAGGAAGACAUUUUGGUAACACCAAAAUCUAAAAGAGGAAGAGAGAGAGAUUCAAUAAGUGAUUUACCAGUUAAAAGAGUCAAGAUAGAAGAUACAGCAACUUCAUCUAAGUCAAAGAGAAAGUCUAGAUCUCCCCCCAGAUAUAGAACCAGGUCACCACCAAAAUCUAGGACCAGAUCUCCGGAGACAAAUGUAUGCAAAGUGUGCAAACGAUCCUUUCCAAAUAAAGGUCGACUUGAAAAUCACGUCAAAACACAUCAGAAUGAAAUCAAGAAUUCAAAAACUAAAAAGUCACCGCCAGUUGCGGAAACUAAUUAUAAAGAUAGGACGGAGAAAAUACAAGUUAGAGGUAAAAACGAUAGCAAACAAAAAGACAGGAAUAUGUGCGACUGCGGCAAAGAAUAUUCCACUCCGAGGAAUCUACACCGGCAUCGGAUAAACUGCAAAUAUAAGAAAGAUGUAAUUAUAGAUCCAAAAUUAUUGGCUAAAAUACGACCUUUACAAAUUAGGAUAUCGAGAUGUGAUCCGAUAUUGGACAAGAAGUAUUCUAUAUCCGAAAUACCACAUGUAUUCGGUCUGGAUAAAAACUGCACAUAUCCAUACUUCAAUAUUAAAAGCGAACCAAAAACGGGCAAAGAUGCUAUGGUCCGUAUAGAAUCACCAAUUAAACACGUAUUCGAUGAGGCCGAUUACAUACAUUGGGAUUCAGACACAAGCACUGACAGUAAUAACGAACCUAUACAGAAAAAAAAUAGAAUUUCAACACUUUCCAUACUCAGUUUGAAAACAAUCUUCUCAUCUAGAUAUCUAGGUAGAGUACGUAGAAGGAAGAGGAAAGUUAAAACGGAGAUAAUGGAAAAGCUGACGGAAAAAGAUAAUUUUGAAGUAAUUGACAGUUUCGAUGAUGUGCAUGACUUGGAAAGGAUAAACGAUAGCAGUUUUGAUCAACUCUUCGGUAACGAUUAUCAGAAUAUAUCAGUACCUAAUCCAGAAGAUAUCAAAGAUAUCGGAAAUAAGAAUAAAGAUGAAAGUCUUGAGGAAGGUAACAAUACAGAAGACAUAAAUAAAGAAGAGUAUAGUAACAUUGACGUUAGUAAAAAAGACAAUGACAAAGAAAUUAGUAAAGAAGAGAAUACUAACAAAGACGAUGGUAUAGAAGAGAAUAUUGACAAAGAAGUUAGUAAAGAAAACAGUAAUGCAGACGUUAGUAAAGAAGAGAACAGUAAUAAAGAUGUUGGUAACGAAGAAAACAGUAACACAGAAGUUAGUAACGAAAAGGACAGUAACAUAGACGAUAGUAAAGAAGAGAACAUUAACAAAGAAGUUACUAAAGAAGACACCAGUGAUAAAGAAAUAAUUAUUAGUAAUGAGGAUACUAAAAAACAUAAACUAAGCAAAGAAGUAAUUAACAGUGAAAAUAGUCUACAGAAAGAAGGAAAUGGGAACGAUAAAGAAGAUAGCAAUUUAAAUGAAGAAACAGACAAAACCGUAAAUAACCAAGAAAAUAGUAAUAAUGAUGAAAAUGACAGUGUAAAAGAAAACGUCAACCAGAAAGAAGAUAGCCUCAAUGAAGAUGUAAAUAGUAUUAACAAAGACAGCAGAUUUAGUAAAGAAGAUAUCAAUAGUAACGAAUGUGAAAAUAUACAAGAAUUAAAUAAAAAAAAUAUAGACGAAAGAAAUAUCGAACAUAAAAAAGAAACUAACGGUUUAAGUGAAGAUGUAAAGGUAAAUGGAGAAAGUAACGACGACGUAGUUAUGGACGACCAAAAGUUAAUGGACGAAUUAAACGCACAAAUUGGAGAAGAUGUUAUGGAGAAACAUUUAAGUUUGGAUGAUUUUAGUGAAGACGAAGAUUUUUAA